AUGGCUUUGACCCGCCUCACAGCAAAAAGAGCCAAUCACAUGCGUCCUACUCGGCUGUUGAGUUCGCGAGCCUCGUCUCCAGGAAGUGCCCGUGCUCAUCACUUUUGCUGCUUCAGUUUGGACCAAACACCCGUAUACAGAGACUUCGUGCGUUUCUUCUUUGGGGAGGACAGGCUGACUCCUGGAACAGCCGCCGUGAUCACGUGCUUUCUGGGAAGCAGAAAGUAA